AUGAGUGGCUACUUACUCAAAGCAUACCGUUCACAAGAAGUCGCACGUGAACGCAAUAAGCGCGAGGACCGGAAAUUAAAUUUGAACUUAAGCGGCAAAAAUGGACCGGAAGCGGUAUACAAGUUCAAUUUAGAUAAAGUGAAUCACGAGCAGCGCGUGAUAGCACGAGAACUAGGUCGUAUACGAACGAUGGGCCCAGCACGAGCGACGGGAGACCUGCAGACACUUACCAAAGAACAGAGUAUGGCAGACCGCCAACUAGAGAAAAUCCGGCAGGGAAUACAUAAACCCACAAAUAAAACAUUACUGACACCAGACAAAAAAUUCCAUCAUCCGGUAUUCAAUUUUACAGAUAUUCCAGUGCACGAAACAAAUACAAAUGUUGGUGCGAAUGAGAUGAAAAAGUUGAAAGAAAGUGCGAACUCUAUCGCGGAUUUAAAAGGUCAUCCUAUAGAUAGCAUUGACAGUGAAAUGGACGGUUUUAUGAUCAUCAAAUAUCUCGGUGACUUGCACAACAACACACAGACAUACACAAGAACCCCUCCGCCCAGUGAAAGGGGUGCUAAAUCUCCGGUGUAUCGUUCCCCAACCAAUCAGAUCGAUAUCGAUACACCGCGCUUAGCUUUUAAACGAUUGGCAGAGAUUGGCAAAAUUGACUCUGAUCAAGCGGAACAGUUCUAUUCAGAUACAACACGACAAGGCACAGAAAAAGAGGUUAUUAACUCGGUGACUACCACUGAUGUUCGUUCAAGAGAAGUGAAAGGGGGCGUUACCAAAGAACGAACGACAAAGGUACCAAGAGAACACAAACAGAAAGCAGGAAAGCAACAAAAGGAACAAACCAACAUCUACACAUCGUCACUGAUAGUACCGGAAACAACACUAAGGAGUUCAUCACAGUCAAAUUUGUCGCCGAAAAACGAUCUUUUAGAUUUUGCGGAACUUGCAAACGUUGACAUGGCUAGUGUACGAAAGAAGGUGACAAAGAGACUGUCCAAGGACUACAUAAGUGGUCAAGGGUCAGCAUUGUCUGACCCCGGAUCUAACAGAAAACACAACAACCGUAAAGGCACAACGUCAGCUGAUCCAGAGAUUUCCACCGGUUCGCAACACAGCAACAACGAAAUUCCUGCUUCUUCAGUAAAACCGGAAACGGAAGAUGCACCCAGACCGCGUCCAGAACGGCGGAUGUCUAAGCAACAGGUUGACGAAUUACUUCGAAAGCCUGUACUGGACCCGGAUAUGUACAACGUAGAUGGUUCCCUCAAGACAAUGUUUACUCUUCCAAGUUUUGAUAAAUCAUGGGAAGAGGCACAAAAAGCCCGUUAUAUACGGUCAAAGGAAAAACUCGAACGAGACCGUGAACUGACGACAAAGGAAAUAUUCUCCCCAUAA